AUGCCCAUACCCGUUAUAGCGAAGAAGCGGGAAGGCACGCAGGAGCUUAAAGCGCGGCGGAAGGUGCGGCGCGGAGCGAACUACUGGAUCCGCCGCGGGCUGGGUGUGGCGGAGCGGAAGGGCGAGGGGGAGGAUAAGCCUAUCUUAGUGGUGGAAAGCGCGCUCGAGGUGCUUGGCUGCGCUGCGGACGUCCGCGCGCUCGCCGGCUCGCUGACUCGCGACCUAAACUUCUUUCACGGGCAGCUGCCCGCCGUUUUCCCGGAAGAAACCAAGGCCGCGGAGGGCGUGGCGGACGUGGUGCGCACACUCGCGCAGCGGCUCGAGGAGCUGGCGGAUCGAAUCGAGGCGUCGCUGUCCGCGGAGCAGCGGCGCGAGGUGGAGGAGGAGCUGGAGGCGCAGGCACUGCAGGAACAGAUGGACAAGGAGGCGAACGUGCAGGAGCGGGUGCUGCGGCGCCUGGGCGGGCUGUCCAACACGAGCGCCAUUCUGGAUCGUGUCAGGCAGAGGAUAGCGUCGGUGGACAUCUCAUUUGGGGACUUGAGCAUCGACCUGCCCACCAUCAAAGGGGCGGGAGGGAAGGCGGUGCGUACACUGGUGGACACGUGGCGGCGUUUGAAUGGCCGCCCGCCCACCACGGAGCUGGAGCCCCUGGCAUCUGGCCUGCCCCGGCCCAUUUCAACGGGCGAUAAAGAGGAGGAGAAGAAGCUCAAGCUUCUGCUGGAGGUUGAGGCCCUGGACAAGCGGCUGAAUGAGGCCAUUCGCAGCAGGGAGCAGCGGCUGCGGCAGAGGAACGUGCUUGUGAGGGCGAGACUUGCCCGGGAGAUCAAAGCACUGGAUGAUGAGGUGAACGAGCUACGAAAGGAGCUAGCAGUGCGCACGCUGCAGCUGCAGAUGCAGGUCAUCUACAUGUUCCUGGAGCAGGAGCUGCUGUUUGCAGCUGACUCCCGUGAGU